GGAAAAAAGGCUGGUCAUGGCCCAUAUUAUACCACAUUUUGCAACUACCUAUUUUUCUUAUUCAUUAAAUUUACUAAUAAAAUAAUAUCAAGACCAGACCUGAGUUUCCUUCUUCUUUACUUCAACUUUUACAAGUCCUACUGUCUUCCCCAUCUUGUUUCUGUUACUGCCCAUUUUCUAAGUACACUCUCUUUAUCACCUUUUGCUGUUUUGUUUUCUCGGGUUAUGUUGAAUUAAAGACAGACAUUUAAUCUCAAUAAUGGGUUCUGGAGAUUGGUUUAAGACAAUAAUUAACUCAAAGAAGGUCAAGGUCGGCAGUUCAAAGAAGGUGAAGGGGUCUUCAGCUUCUUCAAAAUCCAAUGGCUUCAAAUGGAAAAAACGUUCAGGCAAAGAGUCUAGCAGUGUUGCUAACGCUAUUAGUGGAAAUCAUGGGGCUCUUGGCAUGCCGGUUGAGGAUAUAGCUGCAAUGCGGAUUCAAACUGCAUUCCGGGCAUACAUGGCUAGAAAAAGUUUACGUCGUUUGAAAGGGAUAGUAAGAUUACAGGCUGCGACCCAACGUUAUUCUGUUAAAAAGCAAGCCCAAACCACAUUGAGCAAUCUUCAUACAUGGAGCAAAAUACAGGGUGAGAUUCGUGCUCGCCGACUGAAUAUGGUAAUGGAAGGCCGGCUCAAACAGAAGAAAUUAGAGAAUCAACUAAAACUUGAGGCAAAGCUUCAUGAUCUAGAGGUUGAAUGGAGUGGUGGCUUUGAAACAAUCGAUGAAACUCUUUCAAGGAUACAUCAGAGGGAAGAAGCCUCAAUCAAGCGAGAGAGAGCUAUGGCUUAUGCCUUUUCUCAUCAGUGGAGGGCCAACUCUGAUCCUCUUGGGUUCAGUAAAUAUGAACUUGGCAAAUCUGAUUGGGGUUGGAGUUGGAAGGAACGCUGGAUUGCUGCUCGACCAUGGGAAAGCCGUGUUCCUUCGAAGUUAAUUAGCCCAAAGAAGGUCCAGCACGGGCAAGCAAACAAGGUUGUUGAAAACAUAAAUUCACCUUUUAAGUCCAAAAGCCCAAAGAAAGGGCAGCAGGGGCGAGCCAACAAAGUUGAUAAAAACAUAAAUUCACCUUCUGGGUUCAAAAGCCCCUUGAAGGUACAGCAUAGACAAGCAAGCAAGGUUGGUAAAAACAUAAAUUCACUGACACAAAAAUCAUCAGUUUCAGUGAAACCUCCAAUGCCAAAUGGGAGUGGAACUACAAAGGGGCGAAGGUUGUCUUUCCGAGCUGCUGAAAAGCUAUCCCCUGGACAGAGCACCAAAGCUGAAGAAACAAACACUAAGGAAAGAACUACAAAGGGCCGAAGGUUGUCUUUCCCAGCUGCCGAAAAACCAUCCCCUGGAGGGAACGCUAUAGCUGGAAAAACAAACACUAAGGAAAUAACUACGAAGGACCGAAGGUUGUCUUUCCCUACAGUUGAAAAACAAUCUUUGCCUGAAGGGAGCACCAAAGCCGAAGAAGCUAGCGCUAAGGAGCUAUCAGUUUCCUAAUACCCUGCCAAUUUUAUUCACUGAGUGGCAUAUAGUUGGUUUUCAUUUUUCAAUCAAUUGAAAUUUCCAGAAAGAAAGUCCAUUUUUUCUUUUUUAAUUCCCAUGUUCUUUUUGGUUGUGCAUAUGAAGUGUUUGUGGAAGUAAUAUGUUUUGGUAUGUAGUACAGAAUAACACAUCAGAGCCAUGAACCGGGUAUUUGGAUUGAUUUUGUU